UGCAACGCUAACUCGGCAAGAUACAAGAAGGCAACGGUAGUCCCCAAUUCUGCGUUUGUGGAAAUCUAACCCGCUUACAAAAAGAACACAGAUGAAAACAUAAACGCGCAAGUGUAUAUGCGUGUUACUAUAAACAAUGUAAGCAAAGCUUUAAUGAAACUGUGUUCGUUUAGCUAUCGUUUUUGGGGGUGAUGUGCUUUGUCACAAUAGUAUGCAUCUUCUGUUCACCAGCUGAUGCUGGCGUUCUUGAGCGAAGCGGCCGUAGCCAUUGUGCCGAGUUUGUUGGUGCGCAUACUUGACGUUGAAGAAUAAAGGUUGGUUCCAGCAUUUAUCAUGUGGUUAGUCAAUCUGUCGAUUCCUGUUUAACAAGACAAAAAAUUGCAUUUAGCGCCUAUUACGUUCGUUCUACGUUACAUACGUCGCAGACUGCUCUGGCUGUACGAGCACAGGAGAGUAUAAUCUGUGAAUUAAAUAAACAAAGAAAGUACAAUCUGUGAAAACAAUCGCUAUGGCAGCUUUAUUGCCGACAUUGAACUAUAAUAUUAAUUAUCAGUAUCAUAAAAGCAUAGCAGAUCAUCAUAACCAGCAAUGUGGUCACUGUGAGAACGACAAGACAAACACCGAUUACGCCAACAACAAUAGGAAUGGCAUUACCUCAGGUCAAAUUAUGACGACAGCGCGUUCAUGACGUGAGGAGCUCUUCGUUGUUCAUGACGUGCGGUUUUGUCGACGAGAGGGGAAAAGAACGAUCGAGAAAAGCCAAAAGUGGCUCAUAACAAAAGUUCAUCAGGGCUGAUUCAGCUGUUGUUAGAUAGUAACGCCGACCAAAAAUGUUAUGGUGUUGUUAAAAUUUCUAUGACUAUUUUCCUGUCACCAGGAAAGACAGCGAAGCGCCAUUAUUUUCGGCAAACGCAGUACAACAUUUGCCGGCCAAGCAGUCAUAUCUUCACUGGCGAAUACAAUGUAAUCGUUUGGCUGCCUACUAGCUUAUGAGUAGUAAUUUUGCUGCCAUAUAACGGUAGCAUUUUCCACGGUGUUGACUAUUGCCUUUGGCGAUUACCGUGACAACGACAACUGUGCCGACUAAGGUUGCAGCUGGACACAGUGGAAGACCGAGGGGGGCAACACGUGACAAGCCCUCCGCAUGUGGAACACAAGUGAUGCCGACAAAUUAAGCGAAUGAGUUUUUUUUCGUUGUUUGCAUUUCUCAAUUGAGUUCAUUGUAUAAAAGGCAAUAUUGGAUGCAUUGUGAGCACAGUUGAGACUUGGCGAUUCUGCGGUGGAUGGAGACGGCGGAGUGAGCGUGCCCAGCUACACAUCGUUCAGAGUGUAAGGGAAAACGUGUUGUUUUGUGCGUCCGUGCUAAUUCUCUUAUCUAACGGAUUUCUUGAAUUGUCUGUCACAGAGCGAAUGCAUAUAUUCUAUGAUGUUCUAAUUAAUUACGUGACAUGCUAAAGGAUAGUGGCGGCAAGAUGAUCGGUUUCUUUCACAGUGGCAAACGCCUACGUAGACUUGGAUAACGCCACGAAAAAAAAACAGACAUCAUCGCAAAGCAACAAAGAUUUAUUAUUCCGUCUAAUGCUGCCAGCGUUCUGUACAACGUCUCCCCUUAACUGGCACAAUGGGCGUGCAUGUUAUUUCACCUAUCUUCUCAUCCCAUAUCCAUCUUCUUUCUUGCAACCUUUCAUUGUACAAAUCUGGAGCGGAUAGACUUACUGGCGCUGACAAACUUGAUUAAAUAACGGUUCUUUACAACAAAAACAAAGUGUACACGAGCCCGUCCUAGCUGUGAUCGGUUUCCCGCUGGGUCUGUCGACAGAGGAGGUCGUCCCGGUCAAGAGCGUAACUUUUUUGAACGGUUCUGAUAGCGAUGGGCAUGGAGGUAAACGUGUUAAAUGAGCUCCCCGGCGGAGGGGGCAUUCUCACGGUGAGCACUCACCCAAACGCUACGGUGGACUCGCUCAUCGGAGCCGCUUGCCAGGACAAAAAGUUGUCUCACCUGCCAAGCAUCGGCCUGUACACUAAAGAUAAUCGGUUACUCUCAACCCGAGGCUCAUUGAGGGCACAAAACAUCCGGCCAGGGGACACAUUGUAUCUUCGAUAUAAACAAUCCGAAGACGAAUUUUUGUACUAUACAAAUUGGAAGGUGUUAGCGUUGUUGUGUGGCAUCACGGGGCUUUGCGGACUCGGGUUCGCUUUUGUCGUCUUCUUCUUCACCGGUGGUCAGGUGCCUUUCGUGUACGGCAUCGUGGUGGAACUAGGCGUGAGCUACACAGAGGCGACACUCUACCACUGGGAAGGGGCCAAAACGGGCGGGACCGGCCAGGUUCAUCACGUGCGCCGAGUUGAACCAGCCUACAUGCAGUCCCCGGCACUAUCUGGACAAGAAGAGUCAACACCCGUGGGCAAUACGCCAGCGGGAGUUAGCAGUGUUGCAGGUAGGGCAUCCCGCGAUAUCUCAAGCCUGUUAGACACGCUCAAGGAAUACGUGCCCGAAGCACAACGUCCCACGACGCCUAUCUACCUACUAGCCACUGAGGGACUAAGACUUAGCAAGCGACCUACGAUACCGAAGCCAAGCGAGGUGCGUUCUACCACAACGACGACGCCACGACCCCCAAGAGCUCGCGGUCGCAUGCGAAGUCGGAACAAGAUACAGCGUUGGGCUAAUUUAAUUGCCGAUAUGGUUACUACAAUAGAAACGAGGGAUCAAUAUAUUGGUCUACAUGAAUCGAACGCCCUGCGCGCUCUUUCUAAUGAGGCAGGGAGCAGAAAAGAGGAAAAGUUAAACAUUCUGCGUUCGGAGGGCCUUGGGCGUUUUGACAAAAACUCUCAGCUAGAAAACAGUGACGACGAUGACGACGACGACGACGACGACGACGACGACGACGACGACGAAGAAGAACAGGAAAAAGGUGCUGACGCCGAGACCUUAUCCUUCUCGGGCGAGACUCCAGCUACUUCGCCUAGUGACAUAACGGCAGCUGAAUCCGAAACAUCAGCGGGGAUUAAUUUACAAAAUUAUCAUGGCAGAUAUGAGCGCGAUGCAGCCCAAGGGCGAGUACGAAGAAGAGUGGGUAAUCACUAUGCGGGCAACAGCCAGGAUGAACGGGAUGGUAUGUCGGCCAAAAGCGACGCGGAUACAGCUUUAAUGGCUGUGGAGUGCGCGUUGCGAAGCUCAGGCUUUAACUUCCGUAGUGCGGGCGUCCUCAGUGGCCGAGACGAAGGCCUGUAUGGCUGGCUCUCCACGAACUAUCUUCUAGGGAGAAUACCAACACACUCCGCUAAGAAGGGUGCCCGCGAAAUCUACUCGGGUUCUUUGGCUCUCAGCGGCGCGUCUGCCCAAAUUGCGUUCGAAGUUGGCGAGGUAGAAUCCAAUCGGCCGGGGGUCAGCCGACUGCAAUUGUUCGGACGCGAGCAUUUUGUCUAUUCGAGGAGUUCGCUUUGCUUUGGGGUCAGUCAGGCCUACCUAAGAUACCUGGCUCGGAUUCUACAUGAUAACAAAUAUUCGACAGAUCGGCCCGUGGAGAGCCCAUGCCAUCAUCGAGGCCAGCUUGUAGAAAUUGCGCUUGAGCGUAUCUACGCGACUGAGUGCACGUACACUCCCAAGAUGGACGCAGCUAUUCUGCUACGGCUCAAUGAGAGCGUCACGUUUAACGGUACGUCAGACCCCGAAGGCUGCCGUGCUCUAACGGAAGACCUCGUUGAUAGUCCUCUCUGUGCUGAACAAGGAUACCGUCAAUGCUUCCAGUCACUUGGUCAGCGUAUACCCAAUACUAUCGAUUACACGGCAUUUGCCGAAUUUUACGAGGCUGCAAGAGACAUCAACUUCACACAAGGAUCGCUAGCUAACUUCAGCCGAACAAUAGACCAUUUUUGCACAGCGACAAAACAACAGUUGCGUAAAUGGCAGCUCGUUAUCGAUGACGACACGGGACUAACGUCGUGUUUCCGCCUCAAUUAUGUAUUACGCCUUCUUAAAGAUAAAUACAAUUUCGACGAGGACGCCUUCCGGAAUAUCCACUUUGCCAAUAAUGAAAGUGGUUAUCGCUUGGGAUGGUCAUUAGGAUUCAUGAUCAAUGCCACUAAUUCGCUACCGGCUGCCCCGCCAGUACCCCCGAUGAUCACGAACGAGCUUUUUGCGCUGAUGGUGUUUAUGUUCGCGACAUUCAUUGUUUUUGGGGCGGUUUUUGGGUGCCUCUCGAAACGGCGAGAGCUUGUCAUGCGCAAUGGCGUCAAAUCCGAAAUCCCCUAAAUGGCUUACGGCGACCAAUCUUCAGAACAACGUCCACAAAUGCCCUCGUGAUGUAUUCUGAACUAUUAAAUCUAGCAGAUAGCAGAUAGAGCUAAAAUUCGAAUAUAAUAAUUAAUAAUAAUAAUAAUAUGAUACGUGCUGGGCACAGCUAUAGAAGACAUGUUUGUAUAUGUCUACAUAUAAUGCGAUGUAUAAUAUAUUCAUCGUACCGCGUAAAGAACAAGCAAUGCAGUGCAGUACAGCUUACGACAGAUCUGAAAAAAUAACAACGAGAACUAUAUAAAAAAUGAUCGAGAAACGAUUAGGAUCAACUGCAGAAAGGGAGCAGCACUAUGAUGGACGUGUAUUACCACGAGAAUCUAGUCCCAUCACAAAUACUUGAAUAGUGCUUGUCACGACUAACCCCAUUAUAUCAUAUCGUAGGACACGAUACCCAUCAGUUGAACGUACUGGUAAGUGAAGCGGUGCUCGUUAUAUUACAAUA